UGUCAUAAGAAAUACCAGUGGAAGAAAUGGUGGUGAUAACGACGAAACAACUUAACACCGCCUUGUCUGACCUUGGCUUUUCAAAAGUCAGUGAGGAGGUUGCCAAAACAAUUGUCCGUGACAUUAACGCUACGACUGAUGAUUUCAAAGAAGCAAUCAUGCUCCUGGCACAGCUGAUCAACGAAAGCGGAGGGUUCCAACAUACUAGUGAGGACGAAGGAAGUGAAAAGAAAUAUGCCCCGUACUACGGCCGAGGCUACAUCCAGUUGACCCAUAAAGAAAACUACCGGGAUGCUUCAAUGGCGAUCUUCGGGGAUGAGCGACUAGUCGAUAACGCAGACAUAGUGUCCAGCAGUCCAGAUAUGUCGAUGCGCGUUUCGACGUGGUACUGGGUGGCGAAAGUCCGCGCUGCUGUAGGGCCUUCGAAUCACAGCUUCAACCGGACAACCCAUGCGAUCAAUGGUAAAUUAGAGCCCCCGGGCAGUGACAUGGUAAAAAAGAGACAUUCUCUCUUUAUUCAAGUGUACAACAGUUUUUGCAGAAUGUUUCAGAAGAACAGGAGCUCGAAUUAGAAAACUGGUUCCUUCUCCGUUUCAUGAAUCCCAUAGAAGCGUACGCGUUGAAAUUUAAGUUCGAAGAUUUGAAUAAAGCGUUAAAAGCAUUUCGCAGUGUAUCGAGCAAUCCGAAAGCCUACCCGAACAGAGAGCUUGAACAAUUAGCUAAAUAUCCUGUACACUUCGAUGCCCUGAUUCAAAAUACACAAUUUUCAAAAAAAAAUAGUUCAUAUAAUUAACCCAUCGAUAAUUCAAUAUAUUCGUUCUAUAAUAUCUUUAAUGAUCUUGCUUCAACAUUUCCCGAGGGAUUCGUUAAAGUUGAA